CGUGCCGUCACUAGAGGCAGGGGAGGCACGGCCUCACCUGCCAUCAUGGAAAGAAAAAAAAAAGUAAAAAGAAAAAAAAAUUAAUUAAAUUGUUAUAUGUAUCCAGUGAUUAUACUAAAGUUAUUUUCCAUUUAACUUCACCAGUUUUAGAUUAUUUUUAUUUUUAUUUUCACAUUUGCCGUUCAAAUACUGAGAAGAGACGGUGCGGUGAUCAGCAGCCAGUUGAGGCACGUCACUGAUUUGUGCCUCAACAUGGAUUGUGCGCAAUGACUCGGCUAACUGCUGGCUUGCCGUGAAGUGAGACCGUAUUGCUAUAUGAAUUAUAUUAUACAUUUCCAUAGUUUAGUUAGCUGAGGUAUAUAAUGUACAGUGUAUUUUGUCAACAACUGUAUGUGUGUAACGUAUUUCUUGUGCUGAGCGAUCAUAAAACUCUGCUGCGAAGACACACUGUGUGAGGCUCGUCUCAUAACCCCGCCUCCUGGUGCCAAGCACCUCCGCCGCAGAAUGCACCGCCCGACGGGAGCGCCGCGGCCACACCAACCAAAGCCCACACCCAAACCCUCCACGUGCAAGACUGAAUCCACCCAAAAAAAGUCACUUAAAAAGAAGCCAAAAAGUGCAAAAACAACAAUGCUCGCGCUGCAGGAGCCGCGAACGACCGCAGGGACACAACAUUAGGUACACCUGCACUGCAGAUUCAUAUGUUUGUAAAUCUGACUGUGAUGAUGCAGUCGUGCCUCACCAGACAUUAACCUCACCGCACGCCACUGAUAUAUAUAUAUAUAAGAAAUACUUGAAUUUCAGUGAAUUCUAGCUAUAAAUAUACACCUCCUCCAUUAACCCCCCCCCCUCCCCGGCCCCGACCACGCCCACCCCAACCCCCCAAAUCUCCCGAAUUUGGAGGUCUGAAGGUUGGCAAGUAUGGUUACAGCAAAACAACUUUAAGUCACAACACGAUUGCAAAAAUCUCAACAAAUGCAAAUGCCAUAACGCAACACUGUAAAGCCACAACAAAACAACUUUCAGUUACAGUACAACAGAGGUGGGUAGAGUACUCAAAAAUUGUACUCAAGUAAGAGUAAUAAGUAAGAGUACAGUUAGUAUACAAUAAUAUGACUCAAGUAAAAUUAAGUCAUCAAAACAGUUACUUGAGUAAGAGUAAGUACUCUGUGAAAAAACUACUCAAAUACUGAGUAACUUGUAACUUCUGAUUUAUUUAGUGGCUAAUUUUUAAUGGUUAUUUGACUAGUGUGUGUGUGUGUGUGUGUGUGUGUGUGUGUGUGUGUGUGUGUGUGUGUGUGUGUGUGUGUGUGUGUGUGUGUGUGUGUGUGUGUGUGUGUGUGUGUGUGUGUGUGUGUGUGUGUGUGUGUGUGUGUGUGUGUGUGUGUGUGUGUAUAACAAAACAAAAAUCUUAUGCAAUUUACUGCAGCAUGUUUUUUCUCGUUGGAAGUGGAAUUCUUGUAGGCUGAAACAUUUCUACUGACACAAUUGACAGCACAUGAUUCAAAAAUGUUCUUUUUACUAGUUUGAAAGUAAUCUUUGAAGAUUUGUGCUGCUUUGUCUGACGUCAUGUCACUAUUUACCGUCAGUACGUUUCUAUGUGGGGGCCAGCCAGUCCGGCUGUGCUAGAUGUAGGUUGGUAAACCUCACUCUCUGACGACUACAAGAGUAGGGCUGGCUGCUGGAAGGAAACGUGUGAUUACAGCUAUUUCGGAUACAACACUUCUCUGACGGCAAGAGAACUUUCAAAUGUCCAGCUCUUCUACGUCUCACUGUCCUCAAUCCCUUCUGGAAAGAAGCUAUUGUGUCAGGGACUUGAAUGGCUGCGGUACUUGUGACCCCAAGAUGCAGGAGACAGGAGGACGACGUACAAAUGCUACGGUCCUCUUCGCCAGCCUGGGCGACAAUGUGACCCUUCCUUGCUUCUUUGAUUCAGAGGCCACAUAUCUGUCCUGGUACAAGCAGGUUGCAGGUGACAAACCUGAAAUCAUCCUCUCUUACUAUGUCUACUUGGACAAUUCCCACAACCAUCAGAAAAUGGGGUUGGUCAGCGAGCGACUGACAGCUCACCAAGGAGCAAACUUCUUCCACCUAAAGAUUUCUGGUGUGGGGCUCUCGGACACGGCUGUGUACUACUGUGGGCAGACUCAUCUCACCGUCACCAGCUUUGACAAUGGAAUAUUUUUGCUUGUGAAAGAAUCAAGCCACCUAUCUGUUAGCCAGCGUCCAACAUCUAUCUCGGCAACUGAGGGGGGUUCUGCUGCCUUACAAUGCACCACACACCCUGGAAUCAGCAACGGACAUCACAGGGUCUACUGGUUCCGAGAGGCCUCACAGGACUCCUGUUUGGGAAUGACGUACGUCCACUCGGAGAACAGCAGCAAGUGCACGAAAGUGUCCGAGCGGCGCUGCGUUUACAUGCUGUCCAAGAAGGAUGUCACCCUUGCCGACGCCGGGUUGUACUACUGCGCGGUGGCCUCCUGUGGGGAGAUAGUGUUUGGCGAGGGGACCAGGCUGGAUGUUGGAGGACAGACCCACACUUGGUUGACACCCUGCCUGAUUGCAGCUCUGCUUUUGUCCAUAUUCUUUAACCUCCUGCUCGCUCUUGUUUGCAAAAAGUCCAGAAGACAGCAGCUUCUGCAGGACGGAGCAAAUAUGCAGACAAGUGUCCUAGAAAACAAUGUGGAUGAUGAGAUUGAGGACGCUUUGCCAUACGUGGCUCUGGACUUCAAAAAGAGACAGUCCAACAGCAGGAGACAGAAGCGCCCCGAGGACACCAUCUACGCUGGAGUGAGACUCAAACAUGUGGACUGAUGUUUGCAAAGUCAUUUUUCUAUUAUUCUUCCUAACAUGGCUUUUGCACAAUGUGUGACAAAGGGUGGUACACAGAAAAUGUGAUCUGAAUUCACCUGUGAUCUCCUUUCUAAAUAUCAAAUAUUUUCAUGUUACUUGCAUAACAAACUCAAAUACAGCACAUUCGUGAGCAGGACGGCCAACACUUAUCAAUGUCUUUGUCCCUUACUAAGCCUCGCUGGCCGGGACAAGUUGGCUCCACUGACCUUGCCUAGCGAGGAGAAGCUUUCGGGAAAAACAAAUAAUUGACUUUUCAUUUGACUUUGCAUUUUGUACUUGUAUAAAUGUAUUACAGAGCGAGCGAUCAUACCAUUUUGUUUACUGGUAUGAUUAAUUCUUAUAAAGAAAGUUCCUCAGAAAAUUAUUAUUUCGGGACCUCUUAUUAAAUACAACAAUCAGACAUAUGGCACAUUCUCCUGUCCGUUGCACGUGUGUGUGUGUGUGUGUGUGUGUGUGUGUGUGUGUGUGUGUGUGUGUGUGUGUGUGUGU